AUGAAAGCAAUUGUUUAUUACGGUAAUAAGGAUAUCAGAUAUACGGAAUCUCAUCCGUUUCCAAAGAUUACCCACGAAUCUGAGGUAAAGAUUAAGGUCAAUUUUUGCGGGAUUUGUGGCUCGGACCUACAUGAAUAUUUGGAUGGGCCCAUUUUUUUUAAAGGAGAAAAGAGUGAAAUUUCGAAUAUCAGCAAGGUGCAAUGCAUGGGUCACGAAAUAAGUGGAGAGGUGAUAGAGAUCGGUUCUGCAGUUGAUAAGUUGAAAGUGGGGGAAAAGGUGGUUGUAGAAGCUAGUGGGACAUGUCUUGAUAGAUAUAGAUUUCCCAACGCACCCAAUGCAAAGAAGCCAAAUUGUUGUGCAUGUCAUGAUGACCAUCGUAAUGCGUGCGACCACAUUGGAUUUGUUGGAUUGGGGUUUAUGGAUGGUGGAUUUUCAGAUUAUUGCAUUGUGGGCCAAGAACAUGUUAUUCCAUAUCCAGAAGACUUAAUUCCUGCUGAUGUUGCAGCUAUUACGGAACCAUUGAGUGUAGCUUGGCAUGCGGUAAGAACUUCCAAUUUUCAACCCGGGCAGCUGGCAUUAGUUUUGGGUAGUGGCCCAAUUGGUUUGGCCGCUAUCAUUGCGCUCAAGGGCCAUAAAGCAGGGAAGAUCGUUGUUAGCGAGCCAGCGUUAAGCAGACGAGAGCUAGCUCAAGAGUUCGGAGCUGAAGUAAUAGACCCAAAGGACUACUCUUACGAAGAAUGUAUUAAGGCGUUGAAAGCGAUGACUGUUGAUGGUUUUGGAUUCCAUCACAGUUAUGAUUGUUCUGGACUUUCUGCGACUUUUAAUGCCUCUGUUCAUUCACUAAGGACAUUUGGUACCGCUACAAAUGUUGCCAUUUGGCCACAUAAACCAAUUGACUUCUAUCCUAUGGAUGUAACUUUCAAGGAAAAAAUUAUCACAGGCUCAAUGUGUACUACUCGACUCGAUUUUGAACAAGUAAUAGAUGCUUAUAAAGAAGGUUUAAUUAAUCCCAAAGAAGUCGAAAAGCUUAUUACUAGUAGGGUUCAUUUAGAAGAUGGCAUCGAAAAGGGCUUCAUGGAAUUAAUUAAUAACAAAGACAAGCAUAUCAAGAUUCUAAUGACCCCUGACGAAAAAUUCAAAAGAUCAAGUCCUAAUUAA